AUGGAAAUGUUGAAGAGAGAUCCCACGUUAUACAGGGAUAUUGCCAAGAAUGCUCUGCUGCGGUGGCGUCUGUUUAUUUACUGGACCUUCCUGGGACUGUUUGAUGCAGUUGUGUUUUUCUUUGGGGCCUACUUCCUAUUUGACAAUGCCACUGUGACUAGCAAUGGGCAGAUGCUGGGAAACUGGACCUUUGGAACACUGGUAUUCACUAUCCUAGUAUUUACGGUUACACUUAAGCUUGCACUGGAUACACAAUACUGGACGUGGAUCAACCAUUUUGUGAUCUGGGGAUCACUUGUAUUCUAUAUUGUCUUUUCAUUGCUAUGGGGAGGGAUUGUCUGGCCAUUCCUCAAUUAUCAGAGGAUGUAUUAUGUGUUUAUGCAAAUGCUGUCCAGUGGCCCUGCAUGGCUGGGCAUUAUACUCCUCGUUACGGUCAGUCUCCUCCCAGACGUUCUGAAGAAGGUUAUAUGCAGGCUGUUAUGGCCCACGGCCACAGAAAAGAUACAGACUAAACAACCGUGCCUUUCUGUUGAGCAGUCCACCAUCUUUAUGCUUUCUCAGACCACAGGCAAUAUAACUUUCUAA